CACUCGUUUUUAGCGCCCCCUGUGGGCGAGCUGGUGUAUGUAACUCUUGGUUUGACCCGGAAAUACAUUCAUCUCUCUCGGACACACGUGUGGAAGGAUCUAAGAUGGGGAAGUCCAAACAGACGGGGAACCACAAGAGCGACAAGAAGAAGAACAUCGCCAAGACGUGGAAGACGAAGCGCAGGACCAAAGACCUGGACCAGAUCCACUCGGACCUGAAGCCCGAGACCGCGGCCAAGCUGCUGCAGCAGGACGUGGACUACGAUGUGACCGGAGGCGCACAGAACUACUGUCUACACUGCGCGAGGUAUUUUGUGGAUCUGAGAUCCUUGAAAGAGCACUUCAAAACUAAAGUGCACAAAAGAAGACUGAAACAGCUCAGAGAGGAGCCCUACACCCAGGCAGAGGCAGAUAGAGCAGCAGGUAUGGGGUCCUACAUCGCGCCAAAAACUGUUGAGGUGAAGACACAGUCUGUGGAGGAGGACAUGCACUGAGAGCUGCCCACGUUAAACCCAUGGACUGAUUAAUUCAGUAACAGACGCAUUGACAACAUGGAUAAUACUCCUUUUAUUUCCUGCCAUUACAAAUGCUUAAUUUUCUGAUAAAUAAUGCUUGUUUUUUCAGCCGUCUGUGAUACAAAUGGCUGUGUUACAUUCUGGGUAUCACCAGAAUCAGGAAAGCCUUACCCGUCACUAUAGGUGCUGUAAUGCAGCACGCACCCAUGUAAAUACUGAGUGUUUCAAACUGUGUGAAAUGAUAAUAAACUAUACAACAGA